CCCUAAGCCACUUUACUCCGUAUCUCUCCCAUAUCUCUUGAUUGAUCUCUCCUCUUUGACCCUUAGACAUCAUAUUGUCGCUCUCUUGAAUCUGCUCAAAACCUCCAGCGCGCACGAACAACUUUUUGUAUUUCCUGCUUCCGACCCACCGACACUGCGCAUUACCCCAGACGAACGAUCUAUCGGCCGACAUGAGCAGCCCGGGCGAUUACGGCGCCGUCCGCAAGGACAUUGUCGCACAACUGAAGAAGCCCGAUUAUGACGAUGGAAACGCAGGUCCAGUGUUUGUCCGUUUGGCAUGGUGAGCUUUGCAGUAUUGUUUCUCCAUACUCGCCACUGACCCCUGACUAGGCACUCCGCCGGUACCUACGACGCCGAGACCGACACGGGCGGCAGCAACGGCGCGGGCAUGCGAUAUGAAGCAGAGGGAGGCGAUCCAUCAAACGCAGGUCUGCAAUACGGUCGAGCAUUCCUAGAACCAGUGAAGGAGAAGCACCCGUGGAUCACAUACUCCGAUUUAUGGACGUUAGCAGGUGUCGUGGCGAUCAAGGAGCUGGGCGGGCCCGAAGUUGACUGGAAGCCCGGUCGCACCGACUUGGUCGACGACUCCAAGGUGCCGCCCCGUGGUCGCUUACCCGACGGUGCGCAGGGUGCAGACCAUCUCCGUUUUAUCUUCAACCGAAUGGGCUUCAACGACCAGGAGAUCGUGGCGUUGGCGGGAGGACACAACCUGGGCCGGUGUCACACCGAUCGCAGUGGAUUCGAGGGUCCCUGGGUGAACAACCCGACGCGUUUCUCCAACCAGUUCUUCAAGUUAUUGCUGCAGUUGAAGUGGACGCCGCGGAAGUUGGCGAACGGCAUGAGCCAAUUUGUAUACGAGGAUCCGGACGCGGAGGAGGGGGACGAGUUGUUGAUGAUGCUGCCCACCGAUGUGGCCCUCAAGACGGACCCAUCGUUCCGACAGUGGGUGGAGAGGUAUGCGGAGGAUAAGGAUCUGUUCUUCGAUCACUUCGCGAAGGCGUUUGCGAAGUUGGUCGAGCUGGGGAUUAGACGUGAUGAGAAGGAUGCUAUUCUCAACACCGAUAACGUCAAGGGAGGAUACAUCUCUGCUCCCAAGAAGAGCAACACGCCAACUGGACCUCCGAAGAAGCCCAAAGCCCCGCGGGCUCGACUGUAGAUUUCUGUUUGUUUGGGAGGGUCAUGAUUCGAUAUACCAUAGAAGAGUUCUAGAGAUUGGAUAGAGACAGAAGCAUGUAUAGUGGCAGGUUAAUAGAUAUCAA